AUGUCUGGUCAAGCAGCAGAUGGUUAUACCGAAGAGCAGAGGGCCGCCGCCUACUACGCUCAACAAGGCUACACCGAGCCAGCCGCCGCCGCCGCCCCUUCCUCUUCCUACGCUUCCUAUAGCACCGGGCCUUAUCCCGCCUCAGCCUCAACUUCUUACGGCGCCAGCUACGAUGCGGACAUGCUCCAGCAGUCUUCGGUAUACACGCCUCAAGGAGCCGCGGAAGCAAAGCACAGAGCGCCGGGCAAGCGAGAGACGGUUAUCAGAAAGGGAAAUGGAAAGGUCUGGGAGGAUCAUAGUCUGAUCGACUGGGAUCCCAAAUGGUUCAGACUGUUUGUGGGCGAUGUCAGUAAUGAUGUAAAUGAACGGACUUUGGACGAGGCGUUUGAAAAGUAUCCGAGUUAUUGCAAGUGCAAGGUUGUGCGCGAUCGUCUGAGUGAGAAGGCCAAGUAUGGUUUCAUCGCUUUCAAAGACCCGGAAGACUUCCUCAAAGCUUGGAAAGAGAUGGACGGCAAGUAUGUCGGUAACAGACCUAUUCGACUCAUGAAGGUCAAGGACGACAAAUACGGGUCCAUCCGAACGGUCGAGAUCAGCGGAAAGAAGGCAAAGCAGCUCGAGAAGAUCAAAAAGAACCACGGUAAAGUGGGCAAUCGACCGGCGCCUUUCUAA